GUAGGCUACUACAGCUGUAACUCUAAGCUCACAUUUUACAGCUCUCAACAUUUGUAUUAGAAAAAACUAAAGAACAUGCUGUCCUGCUCGUUAUUUAUACCGCUGGCAUUGCUGCUCUCUGCUUGGCCAAUUGAUGGCUACGACAGCAGCUGGCAGUUGCAGUUGUACAACAUUAAGAACAGCAGCAGUUUGUCUGCCAGCGCCCACUGUCCAACGGGGCAGCAGUGGCCUUUCCUGCAGCUGCUGCUGCACAGUCUGCUGGCGUUGCCCGUCUACAAUGUGCUGCUGCUUGCAGUGGGUUGGCGUCUGCAUAAAAGCGCGCACCGCAGCGCGCUGCGCUUAGUAAGCGAGCUAAGACCAGCGGUGCCAAGUGCGCCACCUCUGCCGCCGCCGCGCUUGAAGCGUCGCUUAGCACCCAAGCCGCCGCCACGCCGUCAGCGUCAGCGACAGGAGCAAGCAGAGCAGUUUAGGCAUUUGCGUCGUGACUUGAAGCGUGUGCUGGAAGGACUGCAGCAACCUCUGCCAGCAUCAAUAGCGCAGCCACAGCCACAGCCGUCGCUAGAGCAAACAGCAGCAGCAGCAGCAACUAUCUUGCUGCCAAGCAAAUCCAAAGCUAAGCCACGCAAGCUGCUGCACGCGCUGUUCAAGCAGCUCAGCUCAGCCUUUGCCAAAGCCAGCAGCAGGCCUAGACUACGCGCAGAUACCGAGCUAACGCCCGUUAGCAGCUACAGCAUAUUUAAGCCUGUGCUGCAGCGGCUGCGACUGCGCGCCAUACACAGAUCGAAGUUCUAUGUGCCAUCCACAUCGAGUAGUUCGCUCAGCUCCGAAUGCAGUUCCACUUGCCUCUAUGCAUACUAAGCACAGCCGGCGCAUUGAGCACGCAAUGCAUGGACAUACCUUGAGCUCAAGCCGAGGGUGCCCAGGCGUUGCCAUUUCAAUGCGUUAGCUGUGAAGUGUUCAUAAGCGUUCACCUUGAUAAUUCUAAGAACACACAUCCGGCAGUGGGCUGGCAUACAAAAGAUUCAAGCGUCAAACGCUGCGGCGCUCCCAUCAAUCAUCGUAAUCUGACAAGCGACAACGCGCACUCGACUACCGGGUGAGCUUCAGUUAAGCAGCAGCUACUUGGAGCGCAGAUAUGUGGAGCGAAACUCUAAGAUACAGCGAAAGUGACUUCAUUGUCUCACACACACACAAAAAUAAGACAAUGCUCGGAAGCGCAACACUAAACUUAAUACCCUACUAUCAUUUGCUUAGCAUAUUUAUAUUUUCUGCUAAAUAAAACAU